AUUCAAUUCCUAUCCUUCAUUUCUAAUGACUAUUUGUAGCCUAAUAUUAAACUAGUAUUCUUUCUUAGGCUUAAUCUCAUGUAAACGUGCGUCUUUAAUUUGGAGGUUUCAUGUCUGGAAUAAAAAUAUUUUGCGUUAGAGCUCAGUAUGGCCAGUUGGCUGGGUACCGGUAACCAGGACGAUGAGUGAAGGCAGGGAUGCACGGAGGGUCAAGUCAGAUAACUACGGCAGUGCGGUGCUGCAGAGUCUCAGUCAGCUUCGAGAACGGUCAGAGCUCUGUGACUUCAAGGUCUCAGCUGAUGGAAAUGUGUUUGAGGUCCACAAGUGUUUACUAGCAGCUACCAGCGACUAUUUCCGAGUGAUGUUAAGUGGUGUCAACACAGAAAGUCAGCAGAACUUGGUGGACUUGAAAGCUGUGUCGGUAGAAGGCCUUCAGCAUGUGCUGGACUUCAUCUACAGCGGGGAGAUGUACCUGCACCUUGACAACCUCACCGAGGUCAUCAACACAGCCAGCCACCUGCAGGUUCAUUCAGCCCUGGACCUGUGCAGCAAUUACAUCAUCUCCCUGAUGACGUUUGACAACUCUGAAGACUUCCUCAACAUCGCGGACACCUACUCCCUGAAGAAAGUCAACGACCACUGGGACCACAUGAUACAGACCAAGUUCUUCGAGUUCAGUCAAACCCAGCAAUUCCUCAAGAUGAACCCUGCUGACCUUGUUAAGCAUUUAUCAAAGGACACAUUAAACACUCCGACAGAGUUCAAGUUGUUCAGGUGCAUUGAGAAAUGGUUUUAUUACAACAGUUCCCGAAUCAUGGCCAAUGGGCAGGCAGUUUUGUCCCACAUACGGUUUCCCUUAAUGUCCCACAUUGAGCUUGCCACGUUACAGGAAAGCGACAUUAUUAAGCACUGUCCUCAGGGUAUUCAGUACCUCGCGAAGGGAUUCAGGUAUCACGUGGAAUCCAAGGAGGGUCACCCUUAUAUUGAGCAGGUGUCCAGUCUUCGCAGUGACCAGGCAUCACUUGUGUUCGUUCAUUAUGGUUCAUCCUACAUGCCAUUUCAAAUCACUACUUACGACAAGAGCAGCAAACUGUUCUAUCGCUUGUUCUGUGAUGUGAAUGGGAGCAGGGACUGCAGAGUGGCUGUACUGGAUAACUUUCUGUACACCUGCCGGGUGGUAGACUUCGGUGGCGGCAGUUUAAUGAGCUCAGUGUUCAGGUUUGAUCCCAGGCAUUUGUGUGGUCAUGAACUGAAGCCCAUGAGACGGUUACGUCUCGACUUUGCACUCGUGGCUGUGGGAAAAUUCCUCUAUGUAUUCGGUGGCCUCACGGACCAGUUUGCUAUAUUAGAUUCAGUGGAGCGCUAUAAUGUGCCUGCAAAUAUGUGGGAAGACCUACCUCCGUUACCUAGUGCCACCCAUUCCAUGGCUGGGAUAAAGUAUCAGGACAAAGUAUACCUCAGUGGGGGAGUAGUGUUAAUGGGAAACGGGCCGGACAGGCAAGCCAUGAACACAUUUCUUUGUUACCAUGCUACCUCAAGACAUUACGAAAGUUUGCCGGGGAUGCUUUACGCUCGACGAUUGCAUGACAUGGUGUUGGUCAAUGAACGUGUUUAUGUGCUAGGGGGAAUUCCACGGACAGGAACUCCUCUUCAUGGUCAGAUACCGAUAGAGUACUUCAGCCACUCUUCCAACCAAUGGACACUGCUGUCCAGUACGCUGAGUGGGCGGUCCGUGGGUCACUACAUGCUACACGAGGAUGUGAUAAUGUCCCUGGGCCACGAGCACCACAAUGCCACUGAGGACGAGGUGUGGGGAUACAGCCCAGAAACGGACAGCUGGGCCCGACAAAUCAAGGCACCCCAGAGAAUGAGUCUUACACAGGCCAUGUGCGUGAAAAUGUUCGUGAACUUUGGAGAUGAGAAGGUCAGCAAGUUGUUUAUGAAGGACAAAUGACAGGGAUUGUGUCCCUGUGACUGACUGUGAUUGAGGCUGAACCAAGAAUAGUUGUGUUUCCUGUGGUACAACUGAAACUUCCAAGUUGGGUUUAGUGGUUGUUUUGGGUUUAAAUUACUUGUACAAAUAAUUCUUUUGCAAGAUUUGUUUGAAGAAACAAGGAAUGAUGUCAGUACAUGAAAAGCACUUUAAAGAUAAAGAAGAUACGUUUGCCACUUUGAGUACAAGACUAUAUAUUUUUUUAUACGUCACUUGCGGUUCUUAUUUUUAUUAAUGCAAAACUAAUACAACAAAGCAUUGAUGCAUAGAUAUCUGAAAAGCAGGUUCACAAGAAACACAACAAUUUUUUCUUCUGCCAUAGUUGAUUGUUGACCUAUUGUGGUGUUGUACUUAGAAGUGAGUUCUAGCUCUCUGAGAACUUAUCAGGUGAAAACAAAUCCACAAACUCAUGCAAGAUUAAGUGUUCUAAUAACUUACCCUCAAUUUGCAACAUAUUGGUUACACCCACUUAUCGGGGGUUACACGCCAAACUUACCAAUUAAAGACCCUUUCAAAAUCACAUACCAUAUCAAUGAUACUACUCUGAAUGACAUUUCCAUUCCUACAUAAAAUGGGUCUCCAUUUUUAUGCCCCCGAAGGGUGGCAUAUAGUUUUUGAACUGUCCGUCAGUCUGUCCGUCUGAAAACUUUAACAUUGGUCAUAACUUUUGCAAUAUUGAAGAUAGCAACUUGAUAUUUGGCAUGCAUGUGUAUCUCAUGGAGCUGCACAUUUUGAGUGGUGAAAGGUCAAGGUCAUCCUUCAAGGUCAAAGGUCAAAUAUAUGGCUUCAAAGCGACGCAGAAGGGGGCAUUGUGUUUCUGACAAACUCAUCUCUUGUUUGUAUCUUAAGAUGACUUUUUUCUGAUAUUAUGGAGAUCUGAAUUACAAAACUAUUUCAUAAUAGUAGGAUUUUUGGUGUAUUAUAUUGGUAAACAAAAUGUCAUGGUUAUUGGCAACUUGUAUUGUUUAUUAUACUUUGAUAGAAUACAGUGUAUAGAAUUUAAAUUGACAAUUAAUUGUUAAGAAUAUGGAACACGGGUGAUUUUAGCUCACAUGAGCAGGAAGUUCUCAUGGUGAGCUAUGGUGGUCACCUUAUGUCCAGCAUUAUAUGUGAGUCAUCUGUGUAUUAUUUGUCAUGAACUUUUAUCUCAUAACAGCUCUACUGAUCACAUGUUUCAUCCUUGAUUAAACAUGGCCAGAAUGUUUAUCUUGACAUUAUCUACCCCAACUUGGAAUCUGGGUCAUGUAUGGUCAAAGACUAGGUCACCUGGUAAUAUCUUUGAAAAACCUUGUUACCACACUAGGAGCCACAUUUGUGACUCUACCUGGAUGACACUUUGUCAGAAUGUUUAUCCUUACAAUAUCUAGACCAAGUUCAAAGUUCAAAUCUGGUCCAUGUGAGUGAAAAACAAGUUUGCCAGGUCAAGUCUUAGAAAAACCUUUUUAAUACACUAGAGGCAACAUUUAAAUUCAGAUAGAAACUAGGUCACAAUAUCAAGUCUUAAAAAAUUAACACUCUAGCUGUAACAUUUAUGACUUAAGCAUGAUAAAACUUGAAGGCCAUUAAUGAAUCUGGGUCAAGAAGGGUAAAAAAGUAGAUAACCAGGUAAAGUUUUCAACAAUUGGUGUCCCUGAACUCUGGUGAGCACUAAAGGGGCAUCAUGGCCCCAUUGUUCAUGAACAUUUGCUGUAUAGUUUAAUACUUUUAUACUGGAUUUUACAGCAUUAAUUAUAUGUUGUGUUCUGUAAAAUGUCAAAGUGUUUCCUUUCAGAAAUUAGUUAAAAUUUACCUUUUCGCAUUUUUAGUUCACCUGAGCACUUAGUGCCCCUGGUGAGCUCUUGGGAUCAGUCUCUGUUCUGAGUUGUGUGUCAUUGGAUUGUCAAAUUUACCUUUUUUAUCUCUCAAGAAGCAAUAUUUUUCAUGCAAUAUUGAUGAAUCUUUAUUACAUGGUCAGAAUGUUUAUAUUGACAUCAUUAGGCCUGGUUUGUAUCUUGGUCAAGUGUGUCAAAGAACAAGGUCAGCAGGUUAAAUCUUUAUUUUUAUACCCCCGGUAGGGUGGCAUAUAGCAGUUGAACUGUCCUUCAGUCAGUAUGUCAGUCUGUCCGUCCGUCCGUCCAGAAAAAAUACUUAAACGUUGGCCAUAACUUUAACAAAAGGUGGUCCUUGAACUUAGGCGAGCACUGAGGGCCCUGUUCAGAAAUGCUGCAGAAUAAAAAAAUUUGAACGGAACACUUCAACUUUUAUUUUGAUUGUCAGCAAAUUAUUCAACAUAAGCAAAAAAUGCAUUUAAACCGCAGCACAGUUUCCUGUUAAAAAGGAUUUUAUGUUAGAACACUGAUUUGGAUAUUACUGAAUUCCUGUUAAAUCUUGUUUCAACACGGCUUAUGUUUCAGCAUCUUUGUGCUGGAUUUUAUUGUCGAUAAUCACAAUGUCAUUUUUAGCUUGGCUGUUUUCGGAGAAAACCCGAGGUAUUUCAUAGCCAGCUCGUCGUCCAGCGUCUGCCGUCCGCCGUGCCAAAACCUUAGAAUUGGCUCUUAAAUCAAAGUGCUUCCACCUACAACUUGAAACUUCAUAUGUAGAUGCACCUUGAUGAGUUAUACACGCCACACCCAUGUUUGGGUCACUAGGUCAAAGGUCAAGGUCACUGUGACCUUAAAAAUAAUAAAAUCUGACAAACUUUCAUUUAUUCAAAACUGCACCCGCAGCCGAGCGUUGGCACCCGUUAUGCGGUGCUCUUGUUUUCUAAAUUGCAACUUGAUAGUUAUGCAUAGUUGUCUGUUAAAACAUCUAUUGUGAUCACCUUUUGUCUUGCGUUUGUGAACAGUCAAUCAUGCAUCAUCCCCACUGUGGGAGAUGUUUUUAGAUCUCACCCAAAGACGCCAAGGUUCUAGUCCCAGGAAACGGAUUUGGGAGCGUUUCAAAUAAGCCUUCACCUUUAUAUGCAAUUGAGCUAAUUUCGUGUUAUCUCGUAAGUGAACCUUGUUAACACUCUAGAACUCAAUUCAACGGGACAGCACUCUAGAACUCUUUAUUUACAUAUCAUAACAUUUACUAUGAUGAUAUCUUGGCCGAGUUCAAACAUGGUAAGAGUUCUUUGGAAAACAUUGCCGCAAGGGGGUGAGGCAGUUUUCCUCAUAGGGCUAUAAUAAAACAUUCUGACCACUCUAGAUCCCAUUUCAGGCCCAAUCAUCAUUAAUUUUGCCACUGAACGAUUGUCCUAAUGAUAUCUUGGCUGAGUUCUUAACUGGGUUGCAUGAGGUCAAAAUCAAGGUCACUAAGGUCAAUGAAUAAAAAAUAUGUGCAUACUCUAGAAGCCCGAUCUAUUUGAAACAUGUUGUUAACAUUAGUUCCAAUGAUAUUUUGAUUGAUUUUGAUACUGAAUCAUGUAUGGUAAAAAACUAGGUCACAUUAAAGAAAAAGCUUGUGAGCACUCUAGCGGCCACAUUUAUAGCACAAUCUUCAUGAACUUUGGUGAAAAUAAUAAUUCCAAAGAUAUCUCUGCCCAGUAUGCAACUUAAUCACUUGGGAUGUAUAACUAACUAGGUCAAAUAAGAAAAGGCUUUUUAAUGCAAAAGACAACGUUCAUUACCCAAUUGUUAUAAAACUUGUUCAGUGCUUUUGUCCCAAUUAUAGCUUGGCUGAGUUCGAAACUGGAUCGUUGAGUUGCUUAGUCAAAUAAACUGAAAAGCUUUUCAUAGAAAUUUUUGUCUAAUCAUCCUGAAACUUGCUCAGAAUAUUUGUACUUAUGUUAUCUUUGCAAAAUUCUUAAAUGUUUCUUAAAACUUGGCUAGAGCUGAUCAAAACAGUUCCAUUCUUUCGGGUCUCAGUUGAGCGACUUGGGGAUUUGGGCCCUUUUGUUUCCAGUGUACUGUGUUUUAUGCUGUUAUUAAUGCUUGUUGAUGUGUAUAUUUGAUUUUGUACUUAUUAAAAGCUACACAAACA